AUCCUCCACACGGGCAUGGACGUGGGUGUUCACCGUUCAUUACCUGCAGUGGGUCUUUCAGUUUUUUUAACCUUUCCCGAGGUUUACCCUAAUGCAGGCGUGUGUAUGCAGAACAGGGACAUGUGGGACGGUGGCGGCUGUCUUAUAAGAACAGGGACAGAGCAGUACCUCCCACAGUUCCACAGUUGUGACACCUGUAAGUGCCUCUCCCACUGAAGAGCACCCUAAGGCAGAAAGCAAGGGCCUGCUGAAUUAGCUCCAAGAGGUGGCGACAUGGAGGAGCUGGACCUGUCACCCGGGGACUACUUUGUGCACAGGGAGAUUCUGGAUGAGUUACGCUUGGAUGAAGUGGCACAAAAGGGGACGUGGUCCAUUAAACCAACACUGGGUGAACGACUGAAAGAGACCCUGAGGUGUUCGGUGCCCCGGCUGAAACACACACUUGUCAGUUGGCUACCCGUCUUCGGCUGGCUGCCUCAUUACUCCUUCAGGGAAAAUGCCAUGGGGGACGUGAUAUCGGGCUGUAGUGUGGGCAUCAUGCAUCUGCCGCAGGGCAUGGCAUACGCUCUUCUGGCUUCCCUGCGCCCAGUGUUUGGCCUUUACACCUCCCUGUACCCAGUGCUGGUCUAUUUUAUCUUCGGUACCUCCAGACACAUCUCCAUAGGCACAUUCGCCGUGAUCAGCAUCAUGAUUGGGAGUGUGACAGAAAGGCUGGCACCAGACGGUAACUACAUUGCAAAUGGGACGAAUGAGACGGGCGUUUUGGAUGUCGACGCGAGGGACGCGCACAGAGUCCAGAUAGCAUGCACCCUCACGGUCUUAACAGGAAUCUUUCAGAUCCUGCUGGGUGUGCUGAGGUUCGGCUUUGUGGUCACUUACCUGUCUGAGCCGCUGAUUCGUGGCUACACCACGGCGUCGGCGUGCCAUGUGUGUGUCUCCCAGCUCAAGUAUCUGUUUGGAGUCAAGCCAUCUCGCUUCACUGGUCCUCUGUCACUCAUUUAUACCCUGGUGGAUAUCUGCCGACUGCUGCCCCAGACCAGGGUGCCGGAGCUGGUGGUUAGCCUGGUGGCGCUCGCUGUUCUCAUCGUAGCCAAAGAAAUCAAUGACUGUUACAGGCAGAAGCUGCCGCUGCCCAUCCCUAUAGAGCUCAUAGUUAUCAUUGCAGCAACAAUCAUUAUCCACUUCGGCGGACUCACUGAUAAAUACUAUAUUGACGUGGUUGGAGAGAUUCCCAGUGGGCUCAAGCCCCCUAGUGCUCCGGACGUCUCCUUGUUCUCAAAUAUUGUCGGUGAUGCCUUUGCUGUGGCCAUCGUGGGCUAUGCCAUCAACAUUUCCCUGGGCAAAACGUUUGCCCUCAAACACGGCUACAAGGUGGACAGCAACCAGGAGCUGGUUGCCCUUGGAUUUAGCAACGCUAUCGGCGGCGUUUUUCGGUGUUACGCUGUGACCUCCUCCCUGUCUCGCAGUCUUGUCCAGGAGAGCACAGGCGGCAAGACACAAGUUGCCGGGCUGAUAUCCUCUGCCAUUGUGCUGAUCACAGUUUUGAAAAUAGGUUCUCUCUUUGAAGAUCUCCCUAAGGCUGUCUUGUCCACAAUAGUGUUUGUGAAUUUGAAAGGAAUGUUCAAGCAGUUUGCAGACAUACCUAUGCUGUGGAAGACCAACAAAGUUGAUCUGCUGGUGUGGCUGGUAACAUUCACAAGCACCAUACUGCUAAACCUGGACCUGGGUCUGGCUGUCUCUGUUGCCUUUUCCAUGCUCACUUUCAUCUUCAGAACACAAAUGCCCCGAUACUCCAUCUUGGGGAAGGUUUCAGGAACUGACUUGUAUCUGGACACGGACGCCUACAAGGAGGCUAAAGAGAUUCCUGGAAUUAAAAUCUUCCGUUCGUCCACGACCAUCUACUACACAAAUGCUGAGAUGUAUUUAGAGGUCCUACAAGAGAAGAGCGGAAUCGAAAUAGGGAAGCUGCUGACGGCAAAGAAGAAGCAACAUGCAAAGGAGAAGCGCGAACAGGAGAAGGAGAAAAAGAAAGCCAAAAAGGAGGCCAAAAGACAAAAAAAGUCUUUCAGCAACCUGUCCGAUAACCCGGUCACUUUGCAGAAGAUGACUAAGAAAAACAUCCCUCAUUUUGGAGUUAACGGUGCAGCUUUAAGUUCAACAGAAACAGCUAUAGACAUUGGUCAAGUAAACAUGGCUUACCAAUCUGACCCAACCGCAUCAGACUCAGACUCCGCCUCGGGUGACCACGAUUAUGAGACCAUCACCCACGUUUCCAGCGACGUGGAUGAGGGGAAGGGAAGGGCCUGCAGAUCAGGCACGCACAGCAUCAUCUUGGACAUUUCCGCGACCAGCUUCGUGGACACGGUCUCUGUGAAGACGCUGAAAAAUAUUUUCAGGGACUUUGGAGAGGUUGGCCUGGACAUCUAUCUCGCAGGCUGCCAAGCCUGUGUCGUGGAGCAGCUGGAAUCGGCAGGUUUCUUUUCUGAGUCCAUCCCCAAGAGCAGGCUGUUUGUCACAGUUCAUGACGCAGUGCUUCAUAUUCUCAAGAAAAGGGGACAGACAGACUUCAUAGCCUGAUUAAUGAUGUUUCCUGCAUCACCUAGAUGUGACCAGCAGGGGUCAUCAGAUUGUUUCUACUCUUAACAAUCUUCCUCCUCCUCCUCCUCCUCCUCCUCCUCCUCUCGUCUUAGGCUGUCAAUACAGUUGCUCACCAUUGGUUGCCACUGUCUCCUCCCCUUUCAGUGGGGGAAAAUCUUGACAUGGCGGCUGGUUUCCAUAGAAAUACAGGGAGCCGUUGCUGUGGCAACAGGCUUUUUAUGAUAUGGUCUAAUGAGAUAGCCAGCAAUACGUCAUUGCAGCUCUCUGGCCUGUGGUGUGUGUGUGCGCGAGACACAAAGAAGGGGCGGGGGUUGAGUGGGAGAAUGUAACACCGGACUAAUAUUAGUCUGUAUUUAUAGCCAGUGCGAGAGGGUUAGAGAGUGAAAGGUUGAUUGUAAGGAGAAACUCAUAUUCUGAGAGGUGAUGUUGUGAACACAUAGGCCACGUAGACCCGCUUCAUUAACGCUUGGAACUCACAGGCCAGACAUGGUCACGUGUCAGUCAGUCUAUAUCCGUAAAGAGAAGGAAAGCCGUAUAUCUCCAACAAAGAAUCAAUCAUAUCUGAAUAUAUGGAACUGGCAUUCCCUCGCCUCAUGGAGGGCUGCUUAAUUCUGCCACAACCUCUUAUUUGGCCUGCAACAAUGAGCUAAAUGUCAGAUAUAGUGCAGUCUGUGUGUGUGUGUGUGUUACAUUUGAAGAGCUGGAGCAACAAAGUACAAGUGUAUUUAUAGUCAGUAUUCUCAUGUCUGAGCCCUCUGACAUUGAGCUCUCUUCUAUUUUCAGUAAGUCAGUGUCAUCUGCUAUUGUAACUACUAGCAGAUGAGCGCGGUCCAGUAAGACGAUAUAUUUUCCAUGCACCGACUGCAAAAACAGUAUUACUAGAAAGAGGCACAAUGCUCUUAUGUUUAAUCAAAUCUUCUCGUAUUAAGAAAAAAAGUCUGCCAAUGGGUUAAGCUUUUAGGUUUUUUUUGUUUUUUGGUUGACAAAAAAUCUUAAAAUAAGCACAAAUUCAUUAAAAUAAGCACAAAGUUAUUGUCUCUGAACAAAAUAUAAGACGUAUUUCUUUGAUAAAAGGAUUUUUUGCUUUCUUGAAAUUCCCUUUUUGCAGUGCGGAGCUCAGUAAAAAGAUAACAUCUCCCAGCCAUACACCGUAUUUUUUUUUUACUUUCAAAAAAUGUAUUUAAUGUACGUACUGUAUUUGAAAGCACCAAAUGUUCGAUGAUCUGAGGUCUGAAAGAUGCAUUUAUGUGCAUUUCUAAACUGGGUAAAAAUAAGCAGUGAGUAGCUCCUGAGUGCAGGGUUGUUUUUUUUUCUGCUGGAUGUUGGUGGAAUGCUGGGGACAACCACCACAAACACUUUCUAAUUAUUUCUCUGCUGGAUUAUGAUCCACUCCAAAUGUUCAAUAUUUCUUGUCUUUACAAAGGUUGAACAAUUGUAAAGGUGUAACAUGUCUGAAGUGACUGAACCCAAAUAUUUUUUUUUUUGUUAAUAUACACUGUAUGUACUCUUAUGAUAGAAGGCUAGAAAAAGUAAAUAAAGACCCAUGAAAACAUUUUA